GGCGGAGAGAGAGCGGGAGCGGCGGCGGGAGACGGGCCGCCAUAUUUCUGCCGCACCACGCCCGCGGAGCCAAGCCAUUUAUAAGGCGGUCGAGCUCGGCCCUUGCUAGCGUAUUCGUGUCCCUUUCUGCUCCUUUAUUGGCAGCGCGGGCAGAGCCGAACCGAGCGGAGCCGAACAGCGGCAGCUCCGUGACAGCGAGCUCCGCUUUCCCUCACCACCACUCCCCGCCUCCUGCUUGGAAGGGCUAGUGGCCGAGGCGGCGGGAAGGAGGAGCGGCAGUGGGGAAGCUCUUCCUGCCGGGCAGCUGUGGUCUCGCUCACCCCGCAGGAGCCGGGCUCCCGCUCCGGGGGCGGGGAACGGCGGGGAGAUGUGUGCGCGUGCGGUGCGGGGGAGGGAUUAGUGGGCAUUAGCGCUUCCACGGGAGGUGGGGUGGUCGCGUCGGAGGGCAGCGGCAGUGUCGGCGGCCGCCAGGGACACUCGGGGACCGCGUAGGCUGCGGGCGGCGGCGAAGGAAGGGGUAGCUCGGCUGGCUAGCGCUGCUGCUGCUGCCGCGGUGGAUGUUUCCAUGUUGUUCGGUGCAUGAUUUAGAGGAGAGGAGGAGUUGGCAGCGGCGGGUGUCAGCGGCAGGGAGCGGGGAUCCGUGCCGGCAGCGGCCCUACCUUUCGUCUUGCCCCUCUGUGGCAUCGAGGCUGCUCUGCCUGCGUGCCUGCCCUGCAGCGCCCCCGGGCUCUCGGAGAGCGCCUGUGCCCCCCGGGGCCGCAGCGGCGGCGGGGUGCGUGUGUGCGAGUGUGCGUGCGGGUUUAAGGGGGGUGGGGGCUGUGUCUGAACCAGUUAGGAAGAAUGACUCUGGAGUCCAUCAUGGCGUGCUGCCUAAGCGAGGAAGCCAAGGAAGCCCGGCGGAUCAACGACGAGAUCGAGCGGCAGCUGCGUCGAGACAAGCGGGACGCCCGCCGCGAGCUGAAGCUGCUGCUGCUGGGCACAGGAGAAAGUGGCAAAAGCACAUUUAUCAAGCAGAUGAGAAUCAUUCAUGGAUCAGGUUACUCUGAUGAAGACAAAAGGGGCUUUACAAAACUGGUGUACCAGAAUAUAUUUACAGCAAUGCAGGCCAUGAUCAAGGCCAUGGAUACCCUCAAAAUCCCAUACAAGUGUGAAAAUAACAAGGUUCAUGCACUAUUAGUUCGAGAAGUUGAUGUAGAGAAGGUGUCAAGUUUUGAGAACCCAUAUGUAGAUGCAAUAAGAAGCUUAUGGAAUGACCCUGGAAUUCAGGAGUGUUACGAUAGACGACGGGAAUAUCAAUUAUCAGAUUCAACUAAAUACUAUCUUAAUGACUUGGACCGCAUAGCAGAUUCCACCUAUCUGCCAACCCAGCAGGAUGUGCUCAGAGUUCGAGUCCCAACAACAGGGAUUAUCGAAUAUCCAUUCGACUUACAAAGUGUCAUUUUCAGGAUGGUGGAUGUAGGAGGCCAGCGAUCAGAAAGAAGAAAAUGGAUACAUUGCUUUGAAAAUGUCACAUCUAUCAUGUUCCUAGUAGCACUUAGUGAAUAUGAUCAAGUGCUUGUGGAGUCAGAUAAUGAGAAUCGAAUGGAAGAAAGCAAAGCACUCUUUAGGACAAUUAUCACAUAUCCAUGGUUCCAGAACUCUUCAGUUAUUCUGUUCUUAAAUAAAAAAGAUCUACUAGAGGAGAAAAUUAUGUACUCCCAUCUAGUUGAUUAUUUUCCGGAGUAUGAUGGACCACAGCGGGAUGCACAGGCGGCACGAGAAUUCAUCCUGAAGAUGUUCGUAGACCUGAAUCCAGACAGUGACAAAAUUAUCUACUCUCACUUCACAUGUGCUACAGACACGGAGAACAUCCGUUUUGUCUUUGCUGCUGUCAAGGACACAAUCCUACAGUUAAACCUGAAGGAGUACAACCUGGUCUAACUGUACCUGGGGGGUCCUCCAAAACCAACUUUCCAUGAUUGAAGAUACACAAGAGGGACUGUAUUAUAAUCUGUGAAAACAAUUUGCAUAAUACUAAUUUAUUGCCGGCCUGGACUCUGUGAAUGUCCGCAGAGUUUGUAGUUAAUAUUAUGAUUUUAUUUAAAGUAUAUGGAGGAAAAACAAAAAAUGCUGAAGUACAUUCGCAGCACGUUUCCUCAUUUUUUAGGCAAAACCUUGUGACUCAAUGUGUUUCAAAUUCUCAGUCGUACAUUUACAAAGGAUGGCAGUUUUUUGCUAUUGAAGCAAAAUCGAGCUGGUUUCCUCUUUUCCCUAACCCUUUCUCUCUGCCUCCUUUCCUACUCCUGUUAUCUUUUAAUAGGUACAAAGGCCUUUUCUUUUCCCCCAGUUGCAUUCCUGGGUGAAAUUUUUUCUGAUGAGUGAUUUGGUUAGGAAAACACUAUCAUCACAGUUCAAGUCAUCAGUCAUUCUGAUUUUAUAGUAUGUACUUUCUUUGAAGGAUCAAAAAGUAUUAAUACUGUGAUUUUUAAAUUCUUUACUUUGGUGUCUUCAUUCUGUCUUCACUUCUGAGACUAGAAUAUUGGGAUUUUAAAACAGAAUUACAGUUGUCUAAGGAUAAUAAAUUUAACCAUAGUUUUACAGUUAAGAAAGGUGCACAGAAGAUGGUAAUUAAGACACAAUCUGGGAUGUACAUGGAAUAUGUUAAAACCUCUUUUUAAUUGCUGUGUGCCAUUUUUUUCCUCUCUUCUUUUGUUCACAAAUGCCAAAUAGAAAAGUCAUAGACACUAUGUUUUCCCCAGUGGCUACAGCCUGAAACCGUGUUUUUCUCAGUUGUGUGGGGUGUUUUUUCUUAAGUUUGAGCUUUUUAAGUGUUCUUUUUCCACGUUAGAAAAACUAUUUUUACUAUACAAAACUCAUGUUGCCAAAUCUGGCUUUUUAUAAAACCAAUGCACUUGAAAUGUAAGAUGCUGAUUGAAAUGCCAAAUGGAUGGGUGGGGAACUGAUCUGAUCGAAUCAACUGUCAAGUGAUUAACACACAUAUUUUCAGCUCAUAUGUUCCCUUUUUUAGAAAGUAUACCAUUUUCUAAUACCAAAACCAAUAAGUAAGUGAAUACAUUAUGAGGUUUACCAUGCACCCGCAUGUAGUCUGGUAAUUUAAAGACAGUUUAGAUCUCACAUUUUGUCAGUUAUGACAUGAGAUUGUUUUCCAUAAUAAUGUCAAGGCACCUUCAGUUGUAUUUCAAGAAGUUAUUGAUGAGAGAUCAUGUUCAGGAACCUUUUAUGAUGAGGUUGAUUGUUAAUUGAUUCACAGGCAUUUGAUAGGCUUUCAUGCAAGAUAGCCUCUCACAAUGUUCUUUAGAAGAGAUUUAUAAAUGUAAAUGAAGCAGUGAGAAAAUCAUUCUUGAAAUUUAAAUGUGCAAUUUUUAACAACAGAAGUGCAGCACACAUUGAUGAGCCUUUUUACUGUAGCUUAGGUUGAAAGGUGUUUUUUGACCAGGUGUAUGAUUGGUAGCAAGAAAACUCUAAAGUUUAGACAUGCAAUUGGAUUGAUUAUCUGUCAGGCCAGCUGGCACUAGAGUGCACUUAACAAAAAAACAGCUGCUACAUAGCAGUGGAUGGGAGGUGGGAAAAAUGGCUUGUUAGUUGAUUACCAAAGUUAACAAUAAAUACUAAUGAGAUGUUUUUCAUCCUUAACCCUCCCAAAUCCAAAGGAACAAUAAUAAGAACAGUUGCUGGGUUUUGCUCCCUCUUAGAACACCUUGUAAUUUAAAACUGGUUGUAGGUAUAGUGCAAUUAUGAAUGCUAUAAUCAUUGUACAUACAUAUAUAUACAUAUAUAUAUACACAUAUAUAUAUAUAUAUAUAUGGCAGCAUCCAUAUUGGCUUUGUAAUCAUUAAUUUUUGGCAAAUUGAAUGUGCUGUAUUGAUAUGUAUCUAUGUAAUUGUAUUGUAUGUCUUAUAGCUAAUUCACAUUUUAAAUAAUGUUAUUUUAUUUACUUUUUUAAGAGAGAAGAAUGUAAAUUUUGUCAGUUUAUUUCUGACUAGGGACUUGUUGUUGUUUUUAUUUACAAAACAAAAUACUAUAGUACAGAGCGGUACUAGCAUCGUGCUGUAUAAAAUCAUUUGCACAUUCCUGACUAGAAGUAAGUUGGAGACACCAAGACACAGAGGAUUCACAUUCAAAACAAUGCUCAAAUCUUGUCAAGGCUUUAUACAGCUGUUGAAAACAAUCGCAUUAGAAGAACUUAUGCCAUUAUAUGUCAUAUUGGAACAUAAGCUUUAAAUAUAAAUUUAAUUAUUUAUUUGACUGAUUCGCAUUAGGUUACUUUCACUUUUCUAAUAGCUUUAUUGGAAAAGUAAAUUUCAGAGAUAUUUCAAACUGUUGUACAUAAGUACUGAUACAUAUAUACUGUUGCCCUAAAAAUACCAUGAUAAAAUGAAAAACAUCAGAUCAGUCUUUCAGAAACUGUGGAAACCUUAGGUAUAAAAACAACAACCAAAAAGUCACCAUUCUUAACAAUUUUAAGGAGUUAAAGUGUUUUAUUUAAUGAAGCUAAAGCAGGUAGAUCAAGAUUAUUAAAAAAGACACUGACAUUCUGAAUAGGGGAUCCGAGCAGUGACUCUUUCUUACAUACAGCUUAACAGAAUUGCUCCUGGUUAUGCUAUAAAUGCAGCAGAGCUUCUUUUUUCACAGUUCCGCUGUUAAUUAUAUCCCUUUUUUUAAUCUGGGAAUACAUUGCCUACACUGGAUUCAGUGCUAUAAAUGGAACUGUAGCCAAAAAAUGAAGAAAAAAAAGGAAAAA